AUGUCUGGCGGAGGAGAGGUACGCGUCCUUCGCCAAGAGGCCGGACAAGAGAGCCCGAGGAUGCCGGCCUGGAAGCGAGAGAUCCUGGAGAGGAGGAAGGCGAAGGGCGGCGGGUCUGGGGGAGCCGGUGCCGCUGAGACAAAGAGCCUAGUGCUACAGGAAAGCCUGGGCCCUCUGGAGGAGAACCCGUUCAUCAAGCUGGAGAAGGAGCGGAGGAGGCGACAGGACCGAGAAAACGCCGCUCGUCCGGUCCAGCACAUCCUGGAGCUUUACGGCAGCGUUCCCGGUAUACGGACUAUCCGUGCAGAGAAUAUUAUCAUAAUUGAAUCGGAUCCAGAUUACUUUCCGGAAGCUGGAGGGGUAAAAACCGGGGCCAAAUGGCAACAAAACGGUGUCAGUAGUUACAGCUCUCUGAACGACCUCCUGGACCGGAGAGGGAGUGCUGUUACUGAGAUAAGAGCCAAGGAAGUUGUAAUUUAUGACACCACGUUAAGCAAGAGUGAGGAGAACUUGAGCACCCUGGGCCGCCCUGAUCAUGAGGUCCCAUCAUAUGAGACAGGUGAGGGUCAAGGCAGGGUUAGCCGGAUGCUGCAGAAGUUUGACAGCAACUAUGGGAAGCUACAGAAGAAGUCCCACAGCACAGAGAACCUGCUGGACCUGGAUUGUAGUGCCAGCAGCAGGCCAAGACUCUGGCCCAAGCCAGAGCAAGAUCUGGUGCCAAAGCCCAGGCCAGGCCCAUCGGUCAGCAGCCCAGGCAGCAGCCACCCAUCGUCGCCCGUCUUCCAGAGUCCCUGGUCUUCCAAACCAAAGCCACAGCCUGCUGUCUCUGAGCCAGGCAGCCCCCAGCGCCUUCCUGGGUCCCCACAGUCUGUGUCUUCAUUCCGCCAGCGGUUUGAGGAGAGUGGGGGCCUUGGCGUGUCUGUCACCCCUAGAGAUGAGCCAGACAGGGGGUUAACCAAGCCCACCACAGAGAGAGACUGGGAGGGCACCGAGGUGCCACCCAAACCAAAGGUGCCAUGCUCUCCGGAGACCCGUAGUGCCCGUGCCGAGCCCCCCUCAAGCCCUAUCUCAUCCAAGGUGGCCCGCUCCUCACCUUACUUUGAGAUCCGUCCCUCUCCAAAGCCAGACCUAGACCGUAUUCCUGAUGGGGACACCCAGGCACGGGCCCUCGCAAACCUGCGCCUGCAGUCCCGAAACUCCUUCACAGUGAUCCCCGCUCGUCACCCCCAAGCAGCCUCAUCUGCAACAAGCAGCCCAGCACCAUCUGGCCCCAUCAAGUCCCCUCCCUCCCACAGAGUGGCAGAGGUGCCCACGCCAGGAGUGCCAACUUCCCACAGCCCUACACCCACUCUGACCCCCUCAAAGAGGAAGGAGGAGAAAGAGCAGGAAGAGAAGGAGGUGGAGAGGGUAGUAAGGCCAUCCAAGCCUGAACCACCUCCUUCUGCUGCCACAAGUCCUGCACCUCCUCCAACCUCAGAACCUUUGUCUCCAUCUCCUGCUCUCACCCCAGCUCCCUCCUCUCCACCCGCCCUGUCUUCACCCCCCUCUUCUCCAGCUGUCCCAUCCUCACCCCUUUUCUCUCCACCUGCCCCAUCUCCCGUCCCCUCAGACUCUCCAGCUCCAUCUCCUGUCCCCUCUACCCCGUCCCCAGCUCCAGAACAACCUCCCGUGGAUCAGCUGCCAGUAACAAACAUAGACGACAUUGAGGUGGAGCCCCCGCAGCGUGUCCCCGUCCCCAGUCCCAUGGUGCAGAGAAAGAAGGGGAACACCUUCACUGUGGUGCCUACACGUACGCCGAAGACCGAGGCCCAGCCAAGAUCACCUGAGCCCCAGCAAGAAGCCUCAACUGAGGCGCCACCGGGGUCCACACCCCCGCAGGCCCCCUAUGCUCAGCUGGGCUCCCUGCUGAAGAAGCGUUACCCUGCUGUGGAGGAGAUUGAGGUCAUCGGUGGUUACCUGUCCCUCGAAAAGUCCUGCCUCUCUAAGACGGGCUCCACGGGCAAGAAGCUUAAAAUCUCCUUCAAUGAGUCGAGUCUCCAGAGCACAUACGAGUAUCCGUCGGAGAGCAGCGCGUGGGACAGCGGGGAGGAGGACGAGGAGGAGAAACGAGACGGGAAGAUGGCGGACGAACAGCCGAGCAUGGUGGGACGCAUCCACAUCCCUCGACCCAGCUUCACCGGCUCGCCCACGCACACGACCAACAGCAACGACCUUUCCAGCUACAUUCCCAAGCACUCGGUGGACUUCAGCGCCUGGCAGGAGCACAAACAUGACGACAGUGUUUACCAGGAAGAAACCACUUCCCAGCAGACACAGAUGACAGAGGAAGUUAUGCUCACACCGGCAGACAGCUCCUCCCUGUCUGACUACAGCAGCGAGCCCGCUCUUUACUUCUGA